UAAAAAUAUCCCUCGCCAAGUGCGCGGAUCAAAGGGGGCAGCAACACCGCCACGAAUCCCGCCCCGGCAUUUAACCUAAAGCCACUCAGAGGAGGAGCAAGUAGUGUGAGGAAAGGGAACGCGGCAUCCAGUGCUGUGCAGAGGAGAGAGAGGCUAGAUCGAGUUUCAGAGACGCGCACUGACGGCUGACUUGUGGGAUCACUCAGAGGAGAAGUAGCUAAUGGGACAAGCGGAGCAGGACACAGAGGAGUAAGAGUCCGUCACUGUGAAGCGGGAACAUCACUGACUGACUCCUGACAAACAGCAGAAUGUCUAGUUUUCUAACUUUGAUGUAGUUGCUCAUCUGAUGGCAGCAAGGUAGUUUGGAGACAGUCUGAAGAAGAAAAGGGACAUCUGCAAAACUUUCCCCCCCAACAGAGAGAGACAGCCUCUCACAAGCUCCAGAGUUGUAGGUCGUCAGGAUUUCUAUUCACCUGAUGAAUAUAGGGAUCUCCGAGUGGAUAAAACCAGAAUUAGAUAUCUAAAAUGGAAGAGGAUCAGAAGUGGGGAGUCGCUGAGAAAGCGAGUGAGGACAGGAGGACUCGCGCCGAGCAGCAGAACCCUUCAAAAAAGCCGCAGUGGAGAAAUUGGAGAGAUUUGUCUGGUGUAACGAUUUGCAUGGCAUUAUCUCUACUGUGCCUUGGAGUUUGCAUUGUGGUUUUUGUCCGGACGUCGGAAUUGCAGUCCAGGAUAGUAAGUCUGGAGCAGCAGCAACGGGACGCGCAGCUCUCCGCGUGGAUGUUGUCUCUGGAGCAGGUGGAGCCCGUUAUCUUGGGCCGACUGGACCAGAUCCUCGAGGAGAAGCUUGCAGCACGUCUACCGAAGACGCGGGAGGCGAGGGAAGCUCCCCACAGCUGCCUGUGUCCCCCAGGACCUCCAGGUCCUCCUGGAAGAGCAGGCUUUCCGGGUGACAAAGGAAGUAUGGGAAUUCCUGGAAGAAUGGGCUUAAAAGGACAAGCAGGGGUUAAGGGAGCACCAGGCGAACCAGGUCUGUCUAUCAUCGGACCAAGAGGACCUCCUGGACAACCUGGAACAAGAGGAUUUCCAGGCUUUCCAGGUCCAAUUGGGUUGGAUGGCAAGGCUGGACAGAAUGGGCCAAAGGGAGACGUGGGUCAGCGUGGUCCUAAAGGACUGCCAGGGGAACCAGGGCCCAAAGGGGAGAAGGGUGUCUGUGGAGACUACACACAUCGGAAGCGGCGUAUUGUACAACCCUGUGUUGGACAGUUGGCCACACAGGGCGAGCCUGGAGCGCAGGGACCCCCGGGACCUCCAGGACCCCCCGGACCUCCAGGCCUGAGUGGAGCCAGUGGCCCACCGGGUAAGCCAGGGGAACCAGGCAAACCAGGAAAAGACCCAAGGCUUUUACCAGGACUGAAGGGUGAACCAGGUAUACCAGGACAAAAGGGUGAUCGAGGUGAUGUUGGCCCAGCAGGUCCUGAAGGCCCAAAGGGAGUCAAGGGAGACCUAGGAAUCAAGGGGGAGAAGGGAGAACCCAGCAUCACCACCCAGGGAAUUAAAGGAGAACCAGGCUCACCAGGUCUGCCAGGCCUAAUGGGAUCCAAGGGUGACAAAGGCGACCAGGGAGACAAGGGGGAAGCAGGCCCUGAAGGCCCAGCUGGACCAAGAGGUCCUCCAGGCCCAACUGGGGAGCCAGGAAAGGCUGAAAUCCUCAACAAUGAAAAUGAUAUUCGCAACAUACCACUGAUGGGCCCGCCUGGAUUACCUGGACCUCCAGGGCCCCCUGGGCUCACUGGUGCCAAGGGUGAAGUGGGCCUACCAGGGGCUCCAGGAUUGGAUGGAGAGAAGGGCCCCAGAGGGAAACCUGGAGAGCCUGGUCCAGCAGGCCCGGCCGGUCCUGAAGGUCCCAGAGGGGAGGGUGGUGUCAUGGGCUUCUCAGGACCCAAGGGAGACAAGGGAGACAUGGGUCCAUCUGGAUCACCUGGUUUAGAUGGCCCUACGGGUGAAAAAGGGGCUACAGGGGCCCCAGGCUCUAUUGGAUUACCAGGCAUAAUGGGUUCUAAAGGUGAACCUGGAGAAAGGGUCAGGUCAGAAAUGAUCUAUGGUCCUCCUGGGCCCCCAGGACCUCCAGGACCAGUUGGCCCAGCGGGAUCGCAAGGAUCUUCAGGGCCUAAGGGAGAGCCAGGCAUAGGCAUCAGGGGAGAGAAGGGUGCGACAGGUCAGAAGGGUGACAAGGGAGACAGAGGCCAUCUUGGGCUCCCUGGGGCUCAUGGGUUAGACGGCAGACCGGGUCCAGUGGGUCUAAUAGGACCAGCAGGUGUGCCAGGGCCAGCAGGACCAAAGGGAGAGAGAGGUGAAAAGGGAGACGCAGGAUUACCAGGACCAAUCGGGCCUCAGGGCAUCCCUGGUUUAGUAGGACCACAAGGACUCAAAGGGAACCGGGGAGAGAGGGGCAAGAAAGGCAACAGGGGGGCCAAAGGGGAUAAGGGAGACCAAGGAGCACCUGGAUUAGAUGCCCCCUGUCCGUUGGGAGAUGAUGGCUUACCUGUACCAGGAUGUUGGAAUAAAUGACGAUAACUUUGGAAUGGCUUGUGUGAUUGUACAUAGGAUAUUUAUUUUUUUACUUUUUCCGUAUUCUGUUAUACAUGGAAAAAAUUUUAAAAAAUCCUAAAAAGAUAUGGCAAAUGUUUGUACAGAUUGUUUAUUUUAAUACAUAUGAUAAUGUUUAUGUAUUGGAUUUUUAUAUCUAUGCAUUAUUUUAAUAAGAUUGGAUAAGGAAAAAUUAUAAUGUGGCUACAUAUGCAUGAUAUUUGUGCAUAAUGUGAAGUGGAUAAUGCUUAUUAACUUAUUGUACUGUGUUGUUUUGUUCUGUUGUAAUAGACCAUGCUGCACUGAAUUGUGGGGCUGGAAAGAUUGUGUUAGCAUUUGGAAAGUCUUAGUUGAACUCUCCUCUUUGUGAUAAAGUGUUAAAAAACAAACAUGGACAAGCACUGCAUAUAUAUUAGUUAAUAUUUUUACUAAAUGUUCACACAGUGACAGAAAGCUGUUUAAAGUCUGCACUUUGAAUUUGUGGUCAUGUGCUCAUAUUGUACUGAUGAACAUGCAAACCUCUAAGAUCAUAUUUAAGGCUGUCACCGGGUUAAAAGAGAAUUUCCGUCCCUCUAGCAGCAGCAUAGUAUGGCAGUGUUGGCCAAAUUUACAUGAAGUUUGAUAUGGAUCCUUUAGAAACUGAUAGUGUAUCAAAUGCCCAUAACAUAAUAAGUACAGAUUAUUUAUUUAAAAAACAGAUAAUGUAAUAAUCUGCCUAUAGUGUAACAAAAUAUUGAUAACAUUUCAGUUUUUAAUAUAAUAACAUAUUAUGUUUUGUGAUGGUUAUUGUGAUAUAAUUUCAGAAGCAAUUUUUUUCUAAAGAAACAUGUAACAAAUUAACAUAUACUAUAGUAACAUUAAUACAUUUUUAAUUAGCAUUUCAACUAUGUGUGCGAGGGAUGUCCAGGUUUUGGCACUAGGAUUUCUAAGUAGUUCACAUGAAAUGGCAGAUCAAGGGUCCAGAAGCAAAAGACUUAACUGAUGAUACACAUAUUGCUUAAAACAUUAUGCAAAAAGUUACAAUGUCAUACACAUACAUUUUCAUUACAUUAUGGACAGGUUAUUACAUUAUCACUUUUUUGUAUUACAUUUUAUUUUACAUGAGUUGCAAUUAUCAUUUUCUACAGAUCCCACAAAUUCAAUUUUGGCAACUUCUUUAUUUCUUCACCAACACUUUGCUUGACAACUUAUCUCAAAAAAUAAUGGCAAAAUUGCCAAGAAAUUGAUAAUUAAUUAAUAAUCAUUUACAUAGGACCUUUUCUUUACUGCCAAAAUCAGCUAGGUUUUCCUGUAGUGUCACCUCCAGGACAAACUGAAACAGAAAAUGCACAUUCAUGUUAAUUUUUCCAUCUAACUAAUCUAAAUUUGGGUGUGAUGGCCAUCACAGUCACUACAGUCUGCUAGUGUGACUUUUAGUCUUGUUAUGCUACACAAAUGAUAAAAAUGUUUUUUUUUAACGGUGGUGUUGAUAGUAAUGUUUUUGGACAGACAUUAUAUUCAAACCAUGCCAUGCCAUGUGGUGUGAUGAUCAGUCAUAAGGGGACAGCCUGAAAUUCAGUCUUUUGGGUUUGAGUUUUCAUUGCUCAUGAGGAAUCAGUUAUUCCAGACAAUCACAGUUUGCUUUUAACAUCUCCGAACCAAACACUCGUGUCAUGGAGGAGGGUCUCAACCAAGAUCUCCUAACCAUUUGAAGCUUUUAAAGUUCAGGCAUGAAAGAUCCUGGAAACUAAAUGUUAUGUUGUACAGCAGGAAAACAACAUCUCUAUGUUUUAGCUUCUUGUAUAUUCCUUCUGGUUUCAGUUCAUUGUAAAUAGUUUUGCCAAAUUUUACAGGAAGCCACUUCCUGCUUUAUGACUGUCAGUCUCUGUGUAUUAACUGUAGUGUUUGUAGAAUAUUUGUUUGUCUUCUAAUCUGAGGCACAGUAUACAACUCAUAGUGUUGGAUGGAAAUAUUGCUGCUCACCCUUAAGGCAUGCUGCUGCAACCGUCACAUUGCCUCAUUCAUUUAUGAAGAAAACUGUAACCUGCUUAGACAAUGGAGAUCUUAUUUUUUAUCAAGAACUACAGAAUAUUUUAUUCACAAGCAUCUUUUUAAAGGAGUGGCUGUGCUCGUUAAGCUAACCUCAUUAACUCUACCAAGUGACCCAGUGUUGAAGAAAUGGAUGGACUGACUGGCGUGGAGCUUGAUCCAUUAUAUGCUGCUGCUCUUUGACAAAGCUUUGUGUUUCGCUCUGCCUGGAUUUAAUGUUGCCAUGAGAGAUUGUUGUUGGAACCUUGCCAGCAAUAAAAUAUUCAUUGUGUCCCGUUGCUGCACAGUACCUCAUUAACUCAUGCCUUAGUCACUAGCUGGCCUUGAUUUAGCUGUUGUAUCAAUCAUAAGUAUGUCCAGAUAUGUUCUAAUGUUCAAAAUGUUGAUUGUGUUCAA